CUGGUCUUGUUGCCGGAAGAGGGGCAAGUGCUUGCCGGAUGGGAUUACUGUGGGGGCGAGUGCCUUUCAGGGGAUGGUCGCCGUGGUGAUUGGCGGUCAUGCUGUCUCUAGCGUUUCUGUGUGCGCGGAAGGUGGUGUCGGAUCACGCCUCCACCCGGCGGGCGCUGGACUUCAUCCCCGAGGAGUUGUACCCCGAGCUGUUCAAAGCCGCUUUCCUCGAUAAGAAGACCCUGGUGGUGCAGGACCUGGUCCAGCGCUGGCCCUUCUCCGUUCUGAGCUUCCAGAAGCUGCUGCAUGGUGACCGCGGCCCAGCCCAGCCGAGAGGCCAACCCAGCAAGCAGUGCGUGCAGACGGUCAUCCUCGGGGUGACGGCCUAUCUGAGCCAUGCCCUGACCAAAGAGGAUGGCGGCGGCCCGGCAAGGAAAGGACACCUGAGACUCCUCGAUAUGACCGGCAUACUGGACGAUGGCCUGGAGCGUGACCCCGACACCAUGAGCGUGUGGUCCCGCACGGUAACGCUGGCCAAAGCUUGCAUCGAUGUCUCCAAACGCUGCAGUGAAGAUGGUAUUCGGCUGACAAAGCGCAGGAGAGGAAGCGACAAAGACGACUCUGCCGGGACCCCUGCCGCUUUUAACCCCUCAGUGCACGUAGACGUGAGAGUGGAUCUCUUUGUAAAUAGCACUUCCUACAGUGUCCUGAGAGAGGCGCUGCUUGUGAGUUCACAGAGCCCCUUACGCCUGCAGUGCAGGGAUCUUUGGGCUGAAGAGCUUUCUCUCCGAAGCACCGCAGAACUCCUUGAACUCUUAAAUCCCUCCGGAGUUCGGCUGAUAGACCUGAGGUUCAACAAUCUGGGGCUGGUCGGCCUGAACAUCCUCCUCCCGCGCAUGGCCAAGUUCGUAGGGCUGAAGAGCCUGAAGCUGCCGUACAGCAACGUGGAUGUGAGACGCCUGUCUCCUGCCAUGGAGGAGGGGCUGCAGAGAUUUGCCUCUCACCUGGGGCAGUUGUGUGCUCUCAAAGAGCUGAACCUGGGGUCGUCGCGCUUGUCUGGGCGCCUGCGCCAGCUGCUCAGUUGUCUGCAGAAGCCUUUGGAGAGUCUGGAGCUGGCGUUCUGUUCCCUCCUGCCCGUGGAUCUGUGCUUCCUCUCUCAGAGUUUCCACGUCUGCUCCAUGAAGAAAUUAGACCUCAGCGGCAACAACCUGUCAGAGAUUCUCCUUCAGCCCUUCCGCCAGCUUCUCGUGGAGGUCUCUCACUGCCUCAUUCACCUGGACGUUAUAGAGUGCAAGCUGACCGAUGCCCACCUGGCCGUCAUCGCGCCCGCACUCUGCCGCUGCUCCCGCUUGCGAUACCUCGGCCUUUUCUGCAAUCCCAUCUCCUCCAAGGGACUGAAGACCCUCCUGCAGGACUUGCUGCCGCUGCCCGACUUGCGGCAGGUCGUCUACCCGUUUCCUGUCGAUUGCUGCAGCGACUUUGUUCCCUGGCCCUCUUCCUCUCCUGCCUUGGACGUUUCCUUCGAACAGACGAAGCUUGCGCAAGUCGCAACAGAGCUGCAGCAGAUGUUGGUCAGCGCACAACGGACAGAUGUUAUCUGGACGACGGACAUGUGCAAACACAGAAGUCUGGAUUACCUGAGCUUCUAGCGGUGCGCGUGCCGCCAUGAGUCCUUGGUGUUGCUGAUGGUUCUUUUCUGAAUCGUUCAGCUUUUUUCGUAUUAUUAUAUAAAUACAUUAC